AUGAUUACGCAGUUGGAGGGAGAAACCGCUGCGGGUCAUGCUGCUCCGUGGUUGCAUAACGACAACUUCAUCGUGGGUAAAAUUGUAACUAAAACGAUUAUCCUAGCCAUCGCCAUUUACGUGCUAAGCACAAUACCCAUAUUAUUUGAAGAUAUUUCAGAUAACGAGGAGAUGAUGUUGAUAGAAAGAACCAGAUGUACCCCAAUUUAUAAUAUUGACCGUCUGUUGACCAAGAGAUUAGUACAGAAAAGACUCGGGUUCAGAGUGCUAAUCCUAUCGUCUGUUGGAAACUGGGUCAUUUAG